AUGGAUUUUUAUGCCGCUGGGGACGGUGCGACGAGUGAUGCCGAGGCGUUCGAGGAGACGUGGAAAGUAGCCUGCAGCAGCCACAACAGCGAGGUGAUCAUGUACAUCCCCGCAGGAAAGACAUUCUUGCUGAACCAGACCAGGUUCGACGGACCCUGUAAGUCGCCCAUCACCGUACAGGUCGAUUGCAAGAGAAUUGACGUCGUGGCGCCAAACUCCCUCUAUUCAAAGCCAUCAGACCUCCUGACCUUCUAUGGUGUCGACAACCUAACAGUGAACGGGAGCAGCCAAACAGAUGGGCGAGGCGCCCAGUGGUGGGAUUGCUACAACAAAAAGUCAUUGUCACUCGCGCACUGCAACAAUCUAUGGGUGAUCAACAUACGUCUCAAGGACAUCGGCGACAAGAACUUGAUCCUGUACGAGUGCAUGCAGGUGCAGGUGCACAACGUCUCCAUCGCGGCGCUGGGCGACAGCCCCAACACCGACGGGAUCAACAUUGGCUCCUCCAACCAUGUAAACAUCUCGUCUUGCUCUAUGCACACCGGUGAUGAUUGUGUGUCGAUUCUAUCGGGAACCACCGAUGUUAACGUCACUAACACCACCUGCGGGCCUGGUCAUGGCAUCAGUGUGGGAAGUCUUGGAGGUGUUGGUGACGGCCCAACGCUGGUGGAAAGAAUUACAGUGUCCAACUGCAGCUUCUUCAAUACCACGACCGGUGUGAGGAUCAAAUUGUGGCAGGGAGGGCAAGGCAAAGCAACCGGAUUCCUUUUCACCAAACUCAGAAUGACUGCUAUCCGGUUGCUUAUCGACAUCGACCAGUUCUAUUGCCCCCAAGGAAACGGUCCACCACGAGAUGGUGGUGUGGCCAUAACGGACCCUCUAUUCGUCGACAUCCAGGGGACGUCCUCAGAACGAGAGACCAUCAAGAUCAUGUGCAGCAAGAGUGUGCCGUGCCACGACAUCUAG